GGCUCGGCGAUCUCAUUCGCUUUACUACGGAUACAUAUAUAUUUUUUUUGAUAAUUUUUAUUUUUGAUUUUUGCACAAAUUGCGUUAGGGUUUUGAAGCAAUAUAUCUGCUGCGAUCUCGCUAGGGUUGCAGGGUUUGAUCCAAGAGCUCAAUUUCUCUCUUCUCUAUCGGGUUUGGAACGGUCUGAUUCUCGCGCUCGACGAGCUAGGGCUUUCUUUUUUUGGCAUAGGCUAUUGGUAUUGGUCGAUAUCUGACAUCAUUAACUUCUUCUUUGAGAGCUUGUCUAUAUGGACGGCGAAGCGGUUCCGGAGUUGAUCUUUGACCAAAACCUGGGCCUAUACUAUCCUGCUGUCACUGAUUAUUAUGGUUAUUACUAUACAGGGCCUGAACCUACCAUUAGUGAGUGGGAUUCCCACCAGUUUUUUGGGCAAGAUCCCCAUAUUUCUGCUGUGCAAGCAGAAAAUUUGCAAAAUGUAUAUUACCUUCCUACCUAUGGAUAUCUACAGUCUCCUUACAACCCAUACAAUCCUUCGAUUCCCGGGGCUGUUUUGGGAACCGAAACCUCGUUUAUGGAAACAAAUUACCCUUCUAAUCCUCCACAUCAAUUGGUUGUUUCUUCUCCCGCUUAUAUACCAAUUGGAAUCAAUUCUUCCUCCGAUACAGUUCCGAAUAGCUAUCUCAACCCUUUAUUGACGAGUACGAGUGCGUUGCCAGCUAUCAAGCCUGACGGUGAGAUAAAAAAGUUGGCUUCGCCGUUAGUACCUCAUUUCUCUCCUUUAAAUAGAUCUCAAGCAUCGCUAGUUGCUGCUCCAGAGCACUUGGUGUCGAACACAUUACAGCCAUCUUCGGGUCAUUCUCACACAAUUCCAAUGCAAAAAGAAGUUUCAGUUGCUAAUUUAGCUCCAGCUAAACAGUCUUCAGUUGGAUCCUUUAUUAAUGGUGGCAUCCAUGGUAUCAAUCAGGGAGUGAACCAGUUAUCAAAUCUGAAGGUUCCAUCCGUAUAUCGCCCGGCAAAAGUUACCGUGCCGCCAAACAACGGAUACACAAGUUACCCCUCUGAUCUAAACCAAUGGACUGCUGCAAAUACUGGGGAUAGGUUCAGACCAACAAGGUUUCAAUUUGGUGGCCCUUGGGUCAACAGGAAUGGAAACCUACCAGAACAAAACCGAGGCCCUCGCUCUGAAGCCGUGAAAUGCCAAUGGGUUUCCCCACUCAGUGUCAAAGCCUAUACGACGAAAGCCGGAGCCGUCGACGCAGAGGGUAAUAUUGUUAUCAGCGCAGACCAGUUUAAUAGGGAUGAUUUUCCCGUCGAUUAUGAAGCCGCCAAGUUUUUUGUCAUCAAGUCUUAUAGCGAGGACGAUGUACAUAAGAGCAUCAAGUAUAACGUAUGGUCUAGUACUCCUAGUGGCAAUAAGAGGUUGGAUAAUGCAUUUGAAGAAGCGCACAAGUUGUCUCUUGGGAGGGCACAAAAAUGUCCCAUUUUUCUCUUCUUUUCGGUUAAUGCCAGUGGGCAGUUCUGUGGUGUUGCGGAGAUGAGCGGCUCUGUUGAUUUCCAGAAGGACAUGGAUUUUUGGCAGCAAGAUAAAUGGCUUGGCAGCUUUCCAGUAAAGUGGCACGUAGUAAAAGACGUGUCUAACACUAGCUUGCGCCAUAUCUUGCUGGAGAACAAUGAAUACAAGCCCGUCACAUGCAGCAGGGACACCCAAGAGAUACCAUUCAUACAAGGAAUGGCGAUGCUGCGCAUAUUCAAAGCCGCCUCAUCAGAGACAUCAUUACUCGAUGAUUUCCUUCUCUACGAGGAUCGUCAAAGAAAGCUAAUCGAAGAAAAAUUCAGGAUUUCUGGAAGAAGGCAGAACGUUCAAUUCUUCCCCUCCCCUCCUCCUCCCCCACCCGUCAAGACGGCCCCUUUUGUCGUCCUGAAAGAAACGGCCCUCGCCGCCGCUGCUGAAUCCUCCUCCGCCACCCCCGGCGAAUCACUUGAGAAAGAAGUGAGUUCUACGGCUACAGAGGAGCCCCGACACGCAGAACCAGACGAGAGAGAAACUUCAGUAGAUCAAAAUAGUGGUGAUCCUUCAAGCCCAAAGGCCGAAGAGGCGGGGGAACAAGAUUCAAAAAUGGCAUCUCAGAGCCCAACCAAAGCUACGAAUCUGGUUAUAUUGGGGCACAGUAAGGAUCAAUUCGACGAUGGCGUGAACUCAAUCAUGAAGAUUGGAUCUCUUCUGAUUGAUUCGAAAGCCAGCGAAGAAGAUCCGUCUCUGGGUUCCCGGAAUGACGUGAUAACCGUUGGUUCCAUGCACAUCAAGGUUGGAAAAGCUGCUUCUCCUCCUUGAGUUUGGUCGCCAUGGACUGUUAAACUUGAGGGGUCUUUUGGUUCCAGCUCUGUAAUGCUCUUCUUCUUUUCUUAUUGUUCUUUUUUUUUUUCCUUCUUCUUCUUCUUUUGUGAAAUCAAUGGCUUCUAAUACAGAUGUCGCACACCCCGUUCUAUUUGUUGUGCUGAUGCUAA